UGUAGCAUAUGCGGGCGUGAAUGUUGGCGUCAUGGUCACAGCAACAAUGUAGCUAUCCUAUGAAGAGCCCAUGGAGAUGCCAUCCAUCUGUAUGGGCUAGUCCAAUCCAUGUCCAAUCCGUGCGUUGCGAGCUGAGUUGACCUGCUCGCAUGCAUAAAUAUCCUCUGAGGUGGUCCCGUGAGAGAGCAUCCAGCAGCACUCCAUUGCGAAAGCCCACCCGAACCCGGCCACUUUGCAGCAUCUACCAAGACAUGACGAUACGCCAACCGGUCCCUGUGGAUAGAAUGAGUCUGAGCUUCAUUGCUCCGCAGACGAACGCCACCUCUUGGAGUCCCGCCCGUCAACGUUCGGCUGGGCACUCCGGCAGUGCUGGUGGAGUCGAUGGCCAUCGAGGAUCUACACCAGGGGCAGAACGCCACCAAACUGACGACAGGGCGACCCCUCAGACCCCGCCGUGGAACCCAAUCAAUAGGUCGAUCAGUUUUGGGCACUCCGGCAGUGCUGGUGGAGUCGGUGGCCAUCGCGACUCUACACCAGAAGCGGAACGCCACCAAGCUGACGACAGGGCGACGCCACCGACCCCGACGUGGAGCCAGAUCGAUAGGUGGAUCAGGGCUGGGCACUCCGGCAGUGCUGGUGGAGUCGAUGGCCAUCGCGACUCUACACCAGGAGCAGAACGCGACCAAGCCGACGACAGGGCGACCCCUCCCACUCCGACGUGGAGCGAGAUCAAUAGGUCGAUCAAUGCUGGGCACUCCGACGGUGCUGGUGGCGUCGAUGGCCAUCGCGACUCUACACCUGGAGCCGAACACGACCAGCCCGCCGACGAGAGUGGACAAGCGGUGGUAAGCGCGGGAGCCAAACCACCAUACAGUGAGAACGAGAGGUUUACGGUGAUGUACCUGUACGUGAUGACUCAGGUUGAAAAUUGAUGUGAACUCUGUCUUAUUUCGGGGGCCCGAAGGCCAAACUAUAUACUACGUAGGAAGUGACUGUAUGCAUAGGCAGAAGCACUAAUUGGAG